UUACACAAACCGCGUAAAGCUCUUAGGAGCACUUGCGACUUGAAAGUUCGGUGACUUGAUAGCAUCACGGAGCUUUAGUUGUAUCGUCAUGGCUUAAAGUUGUCUCGGAAUUACAUCCUUUUUAUUCACAAACGUAAAAAGCGCUCAUAAAAAUUUCAGUGGUUACCGUUAUGGCUUGAACUUUGAAAUGUGCUGUAUCGUUUUUCGACAGAGAUUAACGUAAAAACGUAAAAUCUCGUGAAAAAAUCAAGCAGAAUAAAAAAUAAGCGAGGAAAAUGCAUUUACAUUUCGAAAGGAACAAUACGAGGUGCGACUGCUCCAUUUUGUCGCUCUCGUGGAUGGGAACGGUGCCGGAUGAUAUACCUGAGCAUGAAGAUUGGAUGUUAAAUCGCCAGCAUUACUAUGAAGACGGUUGGCUGGCUACGGCCAACGUUCGAGGUGUGGUUGGUGUCACCUAUACCACAAGUAACACUGGCAAAAAGUCUGAUCAUCCAGUAAGAACUAAUUACAAUUUGAGAGGACAUAGAGCUGAUGUCGUCAUGGUGAAAUGGAACGAGCCUUAUCAGAAAUUGGCCUCUUGUGACAGUUCUGGAGUAAUAUUCGUCUGGAUCAAAUACGACGGCAGAUGGUCCAUUGAACUGAUAAAUGACCGAAGUACCCCAGUUACUCAUUUUUCAUGGUCCCACGAUGGAAGGAUGGCUCUAAUUUGUUACCAGGAUGGUUUUGUACUGGUUGGUUCCGUAUCAGGCCAACGUUACUGGUCGUCCAUGCUCAAUCUGGAUGCCACCAUAAAUUGUGGAAUGUGGACACCAGACGAUCAGCAGGUCUAUUUCGGGACAGAUACUGGUCAGAUAAUUGUUAUGGACGUUCAUGGUGCAAUGGUAUCUCAGGUGCAACUUAGUGCCGAAGUUGGAAUUGUCGAAAUGGUCUGGUCGUGUGAACGAUUUAAAAUGGAAGAUGAGGACGAUGAAAUUGAAUCUGGGAAAAGUAAACAACAGUAUGUCCUUGCCGUCAGCCUCCAAUCAGGGUCUGUUUACCUUUUGAAAAGUUUCGAUGACGUAUCACCAGCCCAUAUAGAAACAGGUCUGGCUGGAGGACCAGGUCUGAUAAUGGAGUGGAGCAACUCGAAACGUUUGCUUGCAGUUGCUGGUACUUUAAUUAGCGGUCCACCUAAUUGCAAUGGCGGUGGACCAUUCAACAACGUUUUGAAAUUUUAUACUGACAGCGGAAAUUUACUCUAUAGUGCUAGAAUUCCUCAUGAUCAGAGUCCUGUAUCAGCCAUGACUUGGGGUCAUAAUGACCUACGAAUAUUUGUUGCGACCGGUUCAAGAGUGCACGUGGCUUGUGUUCAAACUGGAGGAAUGGCUAGUCUUCAACUUCUUUGUGGUCUCCGUGUUCAAAACUGUAUCAGAAGUGAAGCUCAAUUGGCUAAAUUGCAAUUACCACAAGCCGUCAGAAACCCCAUUGAAAGAUUAUUUUCGCCAACGAUAAGAUGUUGCGUUCCAGACAGCACAGAAAUUCGAGAGUUUGUGUCUAGACCUCCUAGCUCUUCCACACGUUUACAUUGUACCAUGAUCAGACAUGAUAAUGAUUUAGUACCAGCACCUUCUCAAAAUAGUGGAACUUGCUAUACAUUGUACCUUGAAUAUUUAGGUGGUCUUGUUCCUCUUCUAAAGGGUAGGCGAACUAGUAAAAUUAGACCAGAAUUUGUGAUAUUCGAUCCGCAACUUUGUGAUUCAGAUCUUCAUUUAUCAUCAUCCAGCCGCUCAGGUUCUUCUCCAAAUCGUCGACCUAUUAGAUCAGAUGACACUUCUGACGACAGUUCUGUGGAAGAAGGCUGUGGUGGAUCUCCAAGAGCCCCAAGACGUAUGAGACGGCGAAGGAAAAGAGAACAAGCUGCCAGAAGUAGACGCAGGAAAAGAGCAGGAUUCUCUGAUGAAUGUAAUCAGGAUUCUGAAUUGGUGUACACUGAUACAUUACCUGAGGAAACCCGUUUAGUAGAAGUAACAUCUAACAUUUGGGGUACAAAGUUUAAAAUACACGGACUUGCAUCGACCGUUCCCGCUAAUUUAGGACAAGUUACGUAUAAAACAUCACUUUUGCAUUUGCAACCGAGGCAAAUGACUUUAGUAAUCACGGAAUUAAGAGACGAUUUUCCAAUAGCACCAGACCCUAAUUAUAAUCCUAAUUUAUUUUCUGAAGACGAAGAAGAAAUUAGUGCAACAUCUAGAAUUCAGCAACAUCAGACUGCUGUUUGUGUAGAGACAAGUUUAACGAGCUCACUUGCUUCAAGCACGUCUCAACAACCUGUUAUUGCUCCAAUGACGCCAAGAUCUGGAAGAUUUUCUCGGUCGAAAAAGUCUAAUAUGCAACAACCUCAAACACAAAUACAAAACCCAAAUCCAGUGCAGCCCUGGCGAGAGCAGAGUCGUAUGAGGACGAGUUUCCGUAUGUCGAUAUUUCUGAAAUGUGUAAUAUCCCAUCCACAAACUUUGCCCUAUCAUGUGCCAUCAUAUCCAAGACAUAGCGGUGUUUCACCACUAUGCUGUGAAGGUUCCGUACCAAGUUUGCAAUCGCCUAGAAAUGCAGUGGCUGCGAGCGAUACAAUUUUUGAUAGACCUGCCGCUGAAAGUCCACAGCAGCAGCAAAUGAUUGUGAAAAAUUGUACCCGCUACUACUUUGAUGUCUGCUGGCUCCGAGAAAUUAAAUCCAAACCAUCCGAUGUAAUUAAAUUUAUCGACGAAGAAUCACCUCUUGAACCACAACCUCCAGGCAUACCAGCACAUUCGUAUUCGCCUUCCACAAAUGGUGGUAAUCCUAGCAGUUUUGCCAUCAAUCGAUCAGGCAUUCCACGUGUUCCCACAGCUUUAUCAAUAGCACCAUUAGCCAUGGUUAGAAGUUGCAGCGCUGGUUUUCUGGACGCCGGACUGAUGACUGCAAGAAGAGAAGCUCCUAAGCGUUUAGUAUUGAUCGAUAAAGAAAAAAGACGAUCAAGAAAACCUGCAGAUGCAGAUGUUGCAAAUCCAAGUUUUGAAAGAAAAUGUGUAAAAUUGAAAUGUUCGGGUAAAUCAAGGUCUUUGGACUCUAGUGACAUUUUUUCAAAUAGUAGAUCUUCCCAAAGAAGUGAACAAUGUGCUGUGACCAGUAAGGAUGAGAAAUCUUUAGAGAACGAUAAAAUAGAUUCUGGAAGUGGUGAUUAUGCGUCGAUCGCUGAUAUGAUUUCUGGUGGACCAAUUGAUAUUCCCAAAGAACGAACUACAACUGAGACGGCCAAAUUAAGUUUUUUCACAAAUUCUUCGCAUUCGGACACGUUGAGCAGUUCCGUGCCUACUACUAGUUAUGAAAGAAGAAGCUCUUCUUUGAAGAGAAGUAGCAAGAAAAAAUCAUGUUCUGCUUGUAAAAGUCAACCAAAGGGUACAUUGGAACUAUUAUUAGCUAGAAUGAGGGACUUGGAAUCGGCUGUGCCAAGAUGUCAACAUUCAAGUAACCAAAGCAAUAGACAUUUACCGCAUAGUUCACCAUCUUCGCCAGCUCCAAGUAAAAAAGGCAAACGAAACCAGUCUGCUUCUCCAAUAAGAAAACAUAUAUUAAAUUCUCCAUUGCUAAAUCGAAGACGUCGUAAAAGCAGAAAUACAGAAAGUUCAGACGACGAAAUUAACGCAAAUGGUGCCUUGCAAAUUAAUGGUAGUGGUGGUCGCAAUUACAGGGAUUUAGAAACAUUCCAAAAAGCUCAAUUAAGACAAAAGUUGAAACGUGGUAAAAUUGAGCCGAAUGGUAAUAACUUUGGGUCUCCUCCUGCUCCUUUGAGAAGAGAAUUUGUGAUGCACAAUAAAGCACCAAUGUGGAAUGAAAAUAGUCAAGUAUACCAACUUGAUUUUGGUGGAAGAGUUACCCAAGAAUCUGCGAAAAACUUCCAGAUAGAAUUUCGUGGAAAACAGGUGAUGCAGUUCGGUCGCAUCGAUGGAAACGCAUACACCUUAGAUUUUCAGUACCCAUUUUCGGCUCUCCAAGCGUUUGCAGUCGCCUUAGCCAACGUUACUCAAAGGCUAAAGUAGAAACCUACAUAUUUAUCAUUCACAAUACUUUAAAAAAUCAUAAAUAGUAAAAUAUUUCUCAUUGCUUCAUUUGUCAUUAGAAUUAUACAUACUGGGAACCGAGAAUUUAUAUUUUCUAUAUACAACGUAAACCCAUAUCAGAAGUCUUAAUGCACAUUUAGUAUACCGAUAUUUUAUUUCAACAUUUAAUAACAUUUUAUCUUAAU